AUGUCGGCAGCUGCUGAGGUUCAGAGGAUGGCGGCCGUGGACCUGGGCGCCCUGCUGGACGCGGGCGAGGGCGCGGUCGUGACGCUGGUGGCGGGAGGGACGCGGCUGGCGGCGCACCGCGCGGUCCUGGCCGCCAGGAGCCCCGUGUUCCGAGCCAUGUUCCAGCACGACACGCUGGAGGCCAGCUGCGGCGAGGUCAGAAUGGCGGACGUGGAGGGUCCGGUGCUGAGGCAUCUAUUGUCUUACGUGUACACCCUGCAGGCCCCCCAGCUGACCGGCACGGCCCCGGAGCUGCUGGCGGCUGCCGACAGAUACGGCCUGUCCGCCUUGAAGGCCGCCUGCGAACAGCAGGUGCUGGCGCAGCUGGAGGUGGAGACGGCGGCGGCUGCAGCUGUGCUGGCGGUGAGGCACUCGUGCCCCAGCCUAACUGCGGCCGCCAUCCACUUCAUAAGGUCUCAAACACACAAAGUAAUGGUGACGCAGGGCUGGGCAGACGCCGUGCUGCAGUACCCGAAAGACAUCGUCGAAGUCAGUCGGCUGCUCGGUGAGCCACCAGCAGAACCCAGUCGCCGGCAGGCGGUAGGGGGCGUCGCUCGCGGGGGCCGCCUGCAGACGGCGCAGCCUGCCCUGGCCGCCCUCUGCCCUGGACGCGGUACAGUGUGUCCGUCAAGUCGUGCGCCCUCUCCGCUGCACAGUGCUGUCCCGGCGACCCAGUCUGGCCACACAGCCUGGCGGCGCUCACUCCCAGCUCAGCGACUGCCCCGUCCAGAAAAACACGACAUUGCGGAGAGCCUCUCUCAAGAGGAGAGGGGGAGGAGGCUGAUAGAGGCGGCCAAGCAGGGCGCGGCGGAGCAGCUGAGCGAGUUGCUGGCGGCGGGGGCGGACGUGGGGGCGAGGGUGGUGGGGUUGUGGGGGAGCACCUGGACCGCCCUGCACCUGGCAGCACUCGGGGGUCACGUGGCGGCGGCCAGCUGCCUCGUCGGCGCCGGCGCGGAGGUCGACGCCAGGACCAGCCUGGAGCAGAGGACGCCCCUGCACUGGGCUGCAAUGUGGGGCCACGCUGGUGUGGUGCGGCUGCUGGUCGGCGCCUCUGCUGACCCCAACGCCAGGGAUCGGUGGGGGCGGACGCCGCUGCACAGGGCGGCAGAGAGGGGCGAGGCAGAGGCGGCGGCUGAGCUCCUCCUGUCGGGGGCGGACAGGGGGGCCCGGGAUGAGGAUGGCAGGACCCCCCUGGACCUCGCCAGGCAGAGGGGAAAGCAGCAGCUGGUGGAUAUGCUGACACAACGCUGA